AUGGCUUUACCACUGGCACUGUACCGGUGGGUGGAUCACCGCCGAGUGGCUCGUGCGAUGGCCGUUGCUGUGCUUCUUAUGUUCGCUCGCUUGAUGCAGAGGAUGCAGCAGCGUUUGUGUGGAGUGAGCCGCAUGAAGCUUCCUUUGAAGACUCUACUUCCACGAGUACCGACAGCGGCAGCGGAGUCAGCAGCGUGCCAGGUCAAUGGUGCAGACGAAGUGGAAGGGAAGGACCCAACAGUCUCAUCCGUCAUCUACCAGUGCGUUGCGUUCCGCAUUGGCGACUUCGUCGCCUAUCCGGGCAAUCAAGUCGGGCAGAUCAUCGGCUUCGAUGACGAUCACGAUUUGGUUGUCCGAACUGACCACGGCCGCAAGGCCGUCUGGUACAUCAGCAAAUGCAGCAAGACCCUCAGCGCAGGGGACAGAGUGCGCUAUCCCUGCGGGGAAGUGGGUACCGUGAUGGAGUUCGAUGAAGAUGGAGAUCUCUACGUGCAUAAAGAAGACGGCACCACCGCAAGGUGGUAUGCCAGCAAAACCAAGCGACUCCUCAGUGUGGGAGACAAAGUGCAAUAUGCUUGUGGAGAGGUGGCCACAGUGACGGGCUUCGAUUGUGAUGGAGACGUCUUCGUCGUAACGCCCGGUGGGCGCAGAGCCACAUGGUUCGCGCAGAAAUGCCUGUGA